AUGCUAAGAACUUGAGAGUGGGGAAUCAAAACGAUGUGUUUUAAGAGUGCAGUUCUCAGCAACAAUCUAGUUUAAAUCAUCUGUAAACAAGCAAGUGUCGUUAGUACACAAAAUCAAUAAUGGGCACCAAAGACGUUAUUUUGGUGUUAUUCUUAACAUCGUUGAUCGUACAAAUUGAGAGUGGGCCGCGAAGUUUACGUUCAGUUUUCAGUGAAAUUUUCGUACCGGCGGAAAAUCCGUCCGCGGAAAACAACAUCAUGAAAAAGACGAAUGAAGUGGAAGUUCCACUUGUGAGUCCUUAUUCAGUUAGUGAGAAGGAAUUCAACGCGCUGAGGAUCGAAUACAUCAAGAACCAAAUUCUGAAAAAGCUCAGAUUGAAAGAAAAACCGAGCAUUGCUUUCGCCGAGCUUCCACAACCCUUGAAAGAGAACGAUAAUCUGAUACCUGACCAAGAUGACAAUUCGCUAGGUGGUUACUCGGACGAUUUCUACGGAAAAACAACGCAAGCUAUUAUUUUUCCUUACGAAGAUGAAGCUAAAUGUCUAAGGAAGAUUCGUUUCCCUUCGGCUUGUGUUCCCUUCCAAAUGCCAAACGACAUUCACGCAACUGAUGUAAGCUUAGUUGAACUUUGGUUCCAUAAAGUGCCAGAUAAUCUAGACUCCCACAAUCAAACAAUCGUAGUAUCGGAAGUGGCCCACUGGGACACGAACAGGAGCUUCCAAAAAACCAAGCCCAUCGCCAUUCAAGAAACAAGUCUUACAGAGGGUUGGCUAAAGGUCGACGUGACUUUUGUGGUGAAAAAUUGGCUGGAUUAUCAGGAUUCUCCAACUCAUGCUAUCAGCGUGGCCUGCAAAACUUGUGGAAUGGACAAGAACCAAUCUCCGAUCUCCUUCUCUGCAAAACUGAAGCCUUUUUUGGUUAUAUACACCCACUCCCAGCAAAGAAGGGCUCUCCACCGUAGACCCAAAAGACAAAUCAACUGUGGUGUCGGUGUCGGCGAGUGUUGCAGAGAAAGCUUCUACGUCUCCUUCGCAGAUAUCGGCUGGGACGACUGGAUCCUGGGACCAGAAGGCUACAACGCCUAUUUUUGCAAAGGCUCCUGCGUCACAGCUACAGCCUUAGCCCUAAGUGCGACGCAACAUAACAAUAUCUUACGUAAAGUUAUGUAUGGGCAAAGUAAGAGCAGAGGGUCUAGACCAGAAUAUACCCCGUGCUGUGCAGCGACGCAGUUCCAGCCAUUGCAGCUAAUUUACAAGUCCAACAACAACACUGUGAAGAAGGACCUUCUACCAAAUAUGAUAGUGGAUAGUUGUGGUUGUAUGUAGCGGAUUUGGCAAUAGUGAUAAAAGUUAGCAGUAUUUUAUUUGCGCGAUUUGGAGUUUGGACCAAAGCGGAACCAAAGAGGAAAUUUUCGUUUUAGAAUUUUUCCCUGAAGCAAGGUGUGAUUUUGUGUGUCUGUGUGUUAAUUUAUUUUCUAGAAAAUUGUACUGUCUUUAUUCAAUUGUAACUUAAUAUUUAUUUAAUAUUAUAUAUGUACUUUUAAGUAAAGAAACGAAUGUAUGUUUUUUCACUUUGGACAAAGUGAAUUUAAGCAUGAAAGGAGAUAAAUGUUGUAAUAUCUUAUUGACAAAGCGAGGACGGCUACUUAAUAGUCUUAUCAAGAAGCAAGGAUUCCACUUUCUUCAUUGCUUUACUGUAAUCUCAAAAUUUUGUGUAGUGUUAAUUUUCCAUGUAAAUUUCGACACUGGGUUAUAUUAAAUUUAACCAUUUUA